AUGGUCCUCGAGGCAGGCUACCCCAACACCACCGGUUUCCGCAAAGUCGUCAAGGCCAGCAUCUUCAUCAAGAAGAAGCCCGGCAUGUCCGACGCGGAUUUCAUCCAGCACUACAACCAUAAACAUGCCCAGAUGGCGGCCGAUGUGCUGGAGAAACACGACGUCAUGACAUACAGUCUCGUACGUUCCGCCCACGCGGCGCCUUUUGUGACGUGAAUCGUGUGUGAAGAGCCAGGGCUGAAUUCUGGAAACGUUGUAGAGCUAUUGCCUCGAGCGCGACCGGAAGAUCAUGGGGGAUAUGAUGCGGGGCAAGUGUCCGCUGCUGGAGUACGAUGCCAUCUGCACGUUCGUGUUCAAGGACUACAAGGCGUACGCCAAGUUCAUGUUUGAUAAGGAGAGCGCGAAGCAGUUGUCGCCGGAUCACGCCAAUUUCAUGGUCGAGGAGGAGAUGAAGAUGAUGGUGGGAGAUGAGUACAUGGUGAUAGAGGAUGGGAAGAGAGUAGGAUAG